AUGGACGAUACAAUAUCUACCAAUGGAAAUGCUCAAAAUGUGUCAAGUUUCAAAAUACAAAGACGUAAAAUUGCAUCACCUACAACAUCAAGUAAAUCAACUUCAACUUCACAAAAUCUAAUGAUGCAAGCAAAUAAGAUGAAAAAUACAAGAAUAAAUGAAAUGAAGAAAAGAAAAAGGGAUUUUUUUAAAAGAAUCAACUAUACUCAUUGUUUAACAUUGAUUGCAAUACCCAGUUUUGCUUUAAUUUAUCUACUAUAUUACAAGGAAAGUAUACUACCUGGUAAUGAGAAAACACUAUAUUUCCUAUCGUUUUAUUACAAUUUCACGAUGUUGUUGUUUACCUCGGGAUAUCAUAAAUAUUUUGCCCAUAAUUCGUAUAAAAUUAAAUACAAUUGGUUAAAAAUAGUGUUUGCAAUUUUUGGGUCAAGUUUAGGAUUAGGAUCUAUAAGAUGGUGGGCUGGUUUACAUAGAGCUCAUCAUCAUUUCACUGAUGAUACAGAAAAAGAUCCGUACUCUAUCAAAAGAGGUUUAUUGUUUAGUCAUUAUGGGUGGAUAAUUAAAAGUCCGAAAAUUUUGAAAUUUUAUGAUGAUUUUAUUGAGCAAGAAUUCCCACAAAAGAUCGAUGAAAAGUUAAGAGAGGAGAGAAAAAUAGAAAAGGAGCAGAGUGAAAUUUUUGGAUUAAGAGAUGAAUUUGAUUUAGACGAUAAAGAAGAAGAAGAAUCGGAAGAUAAUUAUAAUGAACAUUUGAAAAAAUUAUUAAAUUGGCAACAAAAUACAUAUCUACUAUGGUUCUUUAUCACAACUAUUAUCAUACCUGGGCUAAUUACAAAAUAUAUCUGUCAAGAUACUUUCAUGCACGGGGUGAUAUAUCCUGGCAUUUUUAGAAUGUUCUUAUGUCAACAAUCAAUACUAAGUACAGAAUCUAUAUGUCAUUACAAGAAAAUCCAAGUAACUAUCCCAACUCAACCAUUCAACGACAAAAACUCGUCACAAAAUUGUUCAAAUCCAUUAAUCUCACUAAUAACGUAUGGCCAAUCACAUCAAAAUUACCACCAUGAAUUUCCACAUGAUUAUAGAUGUAACAAUAGUAUAUUAACUUACGAUCCCACAAAAUGGUUUAUAUGGACAUUAUCAAAAUUAGGACUAGUUUAUGAAUUAUGUAAAACUCCAAAUAAUUUAGUUGAACAUUUAAAAUUACAACAACAACAAGAAAUUUUAAAUAGAGCAAGAAGUCAAUUAAAUUGGGGUACACCAAUCCUGAAAUUACCAUUAAUUACACCAAAAGAUUUCAAAAAAACCAUAUCAUCAUCGUCAAACAAAGAUAGAAUUUACAUAGUUAUACAAAAUAUCAUUCACGAUAUAACACCAUUUAUGGAUCAACAUCCAGGAGGAGUUCCUUUGUUAAAAGCAUCACAUGGUAAAGAUGCAACAAAGGCAUUUUACGGUGGUGUAUAUGGUCAUCUGACUGCUGCGAUUAAUUUGUUAGCAACUAUGAGAAUAGGAAUUUUGGAUAAUGGUAAUGAUGAAGAAGUUUGGAAAAGAGUUGUAAAAGAAGAAGGCGAUGUUAGAGAAGUUGCGGAAUCUUCAAGAAAUAAUUCAAGUCAAUAUAGAACUGCUGAGGCUGCUUGA